CUCCUGGAGCGCAGAGAAAGAACUGAGACGGAGAAGGAGAACAGAGAAGAAACCCUGGAAAGAACACUGUAGAGGAGGACACUCGGAAAGAGAAGCAAAAUAAUUUAAGAUGGGUGCUGCCCACUUUAUGGCCCAGAAUGCACUGCUGCUGGUGGUCUUUCUGCUGAGUGCAGUCGCUCCCUCUUUAGCAGUCUACAGCAGUGGAGAAUGUACCUUCAAUACUAAAGGUAUUUGUGAGUAUCAGGGUCAGGUGUAUGGAAUUGGUGACAGCUGGGUCACUAAAGACUGCUACCACUGUGUGUGUAUGGAACCCUUUGGAGUAGGCUGCUGUGAUCACAAUCCACAACCAGUAGAUUAUCCAGAAUGGUGCGAGAUCAUACGGAAGCCAGAUUCCUGCAUCAGUGUGGCGGUGAUGAGGGCCAAUCACAAGAUUCCCUGCCUGUAUGGAAAAUGGGGGAGGCUGCGGCCAGACACUUGGAAAUCUGACAAUGACCCAAUAUUCUAACUAAUCGAUCACUUUUCCACUGUUACAGCUAAUUCAUUGCAAUGAAAUUCCAAUUUUUUUUUGAGAAAAAAAAGCAUAACAUGUUUAUUCAAAUAUAAUACUGCAAAUCACCUUUCACUUAUAAUACACUUAAA